AUACUGGCGCGCGCGCAGAGCCCCGCGAAAGGCAGCGAGCGAGCGAGGCAAGCAGAGAGCAGAGUAGCAGGCCAGCAGCAGUGGCUACUCGCAGUCAAGCCAGGUCGAGACGACGCAGGUAGUGCGAGCGAGCGCGAGCGUGUGCGUGGUGUGUGUGUGUGUGUGUGGGGGCGAGAGAGCAGGAAGGAAAAAGCGAGAGUGCGCGUGCAGUAAAUUAUACAUCGCCCUGCGAGGAGUCGCAGCUUAGUCAUCCUCACGAAUGAGGAAAGCUGCGCUCGAGCUGCAGUCGCGCGCCAAGUGCAGCAUCAUCAGCGAGGAGGCUAGUAGCAGGUGACGUCUACUACCCAAGUAGCGACCACCACUACCGCAAGGAGAAGAAGAAGAAGCAGCAGCAGCAGCAGCAGCAGCAGUACUACAUUAUAGACAGCGGUGAGAAAGAGAGAGAUACAUAUAUACACAGCGAGUGUCAGUCUCGUCAAAGAAAAAGAUAACACAGCAUCGACUCUCCUGCGAAGCUGGGCUGUUAUAGUGGCGUUUUAGCAACAAAGGCGCGCGCUCUCUCUCUCUCUAGCUCACUCUCCGUUACACACGCAUCACUCUCUCUCACUCUCGAAGCUAUUGCAACAGCCCGAGGUGAGCCCGAUAUCAGCAGCACGUAUGCGAGGUAGAUCAAUACAUUUAGCUAAAACUCAAGCGGCUAAAAAACAACAUCGAAUAUUUCUCUCACUGAUGGAUGUCUGCAGGGAAGUGUGUCGUGCCCGUGUGUGGGUCUGUGUGUACACCCAUGACGUCCGCGCAAGCGAUGUCUCGUCAGGAGUAUCUUCUCGCUAAAUGAGGCUAAUGGAACCACUGGCUUUUGAUCACGAGGCGGUCGAGCUUUCAGCCCUCAAGCGAUGGGCCGAUUUCCCGACGCAACACCGCUUCGCCGACUACUCCAACUCGCUCACCGACUCGGCGGCCCACUACACCGUCAGUCCAUUCCCUUGCCAGCCGACGCUCAACAAUAAAAUUGCAAUAUGGACGGGAGACAUGACAGUUCUGCAGCUCGAUGCAAUCGUCAAUUCCACCAGCGAGACCAUGGACGACAAUAGUCCGAUGUGCCAAAGAAUUUUCGCUCGCGCCGGGCCAGGCCUUAAAAAAGAAAUUUACAACGAAGUUAAAGAAUGCAGAACUGGCGAGGUAAAAACGACGCAGGGCCACGGUUUGCCUGCUCGUUUCAUUAUUCACACCGUGGGGCCUGUUUACAAUACCAAGUACCAAACUGCGGCUGAAAAUACGCUUCAUUGCUGCUACAGAAACGUCCUGCAAAAAGCGCGGGAGCUAGGCCUGCGAAGCAUCGCCUUGCCCGUAAUCAAUUCGGUCCGCCGCAAUUAUCCACCCGAUGCAGGCGCACACAUAGCUCUAAGAACUGUGCGGCGAUUCCUCGAGCAGUACAGUGAAUCGUUCAAUUGUGUGAUAUUCGUCCUCGAGCCAUGCGACCUGGGUAUUUAUGAGGUGCUGCUAUCGCUGUACUUUCCCCGAACGCUGGCCGAAGAGGAAAACGCCUGUUGGCAACUGCCAAGCGAUAUUGGCGGCAUGGACGGCGAGCCACAACUUCCCGAUAGACAAAUUCGAAUUAUCGACAAUCCUCAGCAUGCUCUGCACGGAGACGAAACGGUUGACCUUUCCGCGCAUUUAGAAACAUCGGUGAGUCUUGGCGAGCAUGCUUUCACUCAAAUGCAGGGGGACCUCGAUCGCCAGCGUCUCUUGGGCGAACGACCUACAGCCGACCCUCUAGCCGACAUCAUGCUCAAACAAAUGCAGCAUAAGGAACGGUACGAGCGUCUCCUGAGACGAGCGAAGAUGGAAGAUCUGACGGAGGUGUCGGGUAUCGGCUGUCUCUACCAGAGCGGAGUCGAUCGCCAGGGCAGACCGGUCGUCGUAUUCCUCGGCAAGUGGUUCCCAGCCAACAACCUCAACCUCGACAAGGCCUUACUGUACCUCAUACAGCUACUCGACCCGAUCGUCAAGGGGGAUUACGUCAUCGCUUACUUUCACACCUUGACCGUCAGCAGUAACUACCCGAGUCUGCAUUGGCUGAAAGAGGUCUACAAUGUACUUCCUUACAAAUACAAGAAGAACCUCAAGCAGUUCUACAUCGUCCAUCCGACUUUUUGGACCAAGAUGAUGACGUGGUGGUUCACGACGUUCAUGGCCCCGGCCAUCAAGCAAAAGGUCCACAACCUGCCGGGAGUCGAGUAUCUCUACGAAGUCAUGUCGCCUGACCAGCUGGAAAUACCCGCCUACAUCACCGAAUACGACAUGACGAUAAACGGUCUGAGGUACUACCAGCCAGAGCAAUACUCGCAGGCUUCCACGUAACUGCCGGCCGCGAUCCUCGUCUAAUAGAACAGCUGAAAGCUGAAGCUUCGCCAACGGAGCCUGGCCGAUCUCCCCUCCUGGUGCUGCUCAAUUUGCCUUGCGACACGGAUUCUGAGGAUGCUGCAGCGAGCGGACCAAAGGGGAAGAGAACAAUCCUACACGAGGCUUAAUUCCUAUAACGCGACUACGCACGUGCGACGUGCUGGCGCAGGUAGACGAGGACCCGGCUUAUAUAUAUAUAUAUAUAUGAUAUAUUCAGUGUACGUCCCCCGGCAACAACAGCGGGGACGGGUUAGACCCCCACCCCCCACCCCCCGAGAGAUUCGUAUAAACAAGGGGCUAAGUGCCAAAAGCAAAUUUCUUCUACUAAUACUACUAUACUACUACCACCUCUUGCUAUAGGCGCAUCAUGCCGACAGCGCGUCCUCGAUCAAAUUCUCAUUACCGACUUCUCUCGGAUAUGUUAUACGAUGAAAGGCGCAUUAGCGACGACCCCUUUUUUCGAGCUUUACCGGCCGUCGGUUAUCUGCCUGAUGAUGGCCGAAUUUUCAUAAUCACGAGAUUCGGACGUUUGGUUUUAAAUUUUCGCGUGCGCGUGUGUAUUGCUUAGAGUAGACCGAAAUUACCCGAGACAACGUAAACAAAGAAAUAAUCUAACUGCCAUCGGAGAGACGCUUUCGGAGAGAGCAGACUGCCUUUUCUAGGACGUCAAACAAGCGGCCAAUUUAUCGAGAGAUUUUUUCGAUUACUUCGUUUACGAAACUUCCGAACUUUUUUCCGUCGCAUUCUUCGUUUUUUCGCCACACCCGCACUUUCUCUCUACAUCUUUGACAAUUUUUUUGUAUUGACACCACAGACACACACACACACACACACACACACACACUCUUUUGAAAUUUGUACCAUUUGGCACUUGGCUGCCUUUUGCAUUCCAUAUAACGCUUAUAACAAACAACUGGACAAAAAAGUAUUAAUUCACUAUCGGGAGUUUACCUAACUGUUAGAGCUUUACUAUUUUAAACAAAAAGAAAAAGAAGUUAAAAAAUACAGAGAUAGAUAUAUGAAUUAUUAUACUGUGUGAAUGCGUGAACGAAGGGAGAGAAAGAGAGAGAGCGUGCAAUCGUAUCGAGUUUCAUCGUUUAGUCAACUAAAAUGAUGGCCUAGAGCAUUCUAGUUUUCCAUUAUCAAGAUGAUGCCAAAAUUAGAAUGUUUGCAGAAAAAAAUUUAAUCCAAACCACAAAACUAAACUAAAUCAAAAACAACAAAGUAAUCGUUAAAAAGACACUUAAUUGUUAACGGCUUUAAGGCUUUCAAUAACCGCGAUGGUAAAUCGUUAAAGCUAAUUGUUCAACGAUCCGCAUAGAUUUCGAUGUUUGUCGUGCGGUAACUUACCGUUGCCUACUAUUCAUAUGAAGUGUAUCUUAAAAUGUUUCUCGGAAUAAUCUCAAAGAAGAAUGCUAAACUGCAUUCUUCUAAAAUAAGUCAAUUUUCGUUUUUUUACUCGAACUAUUUACUUUUCAUCGCAAUUAAAUGGUAAUUAAAUAUCAAAUGAAGGAAAAACUCGGAUCCCAUGUCACAAUCUCUCUCUAUCUAGCAAAUUAGAGGGCACCUUAAUGUUGAACUUGUUUUGAAUUUUCGAGAGUUUAUGAAAAGUGAGAUGUUUAUAUUAUAAUAGUAAAUAAUAAUAAUGAUAACAACAAUAAUGAUAAAAACAAAAACAAAUAAAAAAAUUAUGAAAAAAAUCUAUUCUCUUGGAUAUGCCACGUCAUAAAAGGUGUUCGCAUUUGCAUAGGUUAAAUACCUUUUACUUACACAUUGAGCAAAUAUGCGACUUUUCUUUGAUAAAAUUACACACAGUGUCACGUUAAGAAAUGAUAUUUGCUGGAAAAUAUAUGAAAAUUAAAAAAAAAAAGAAUAUAUAUAUGUCAUUACCAGCAAUGAAGUUUCGUUAUGUUUGCAACACUAGAAGAGAAAAUAAACUAUUACAAGUUGACUUAGUUUAGAGUAAAAAACAAUCAGCGUGUCAUAGAUAGUAAGAAAUUGUAAAGACGGUAAUGUAGAUGAAAUUAUAGCAAAGAAAUCGUUACGUGGCAGCCAGCCCUAUUUUUUAAACUAAAAGUAAGCAAAUUUAUCCAAUUAAAAAGAGGAGCGAUUUGCAUCAUUCUAUAUAUAUUUAACAUUAACUUUUGAAAACUAUGUAAAUCUCUACAGUAAGCGAAUACAAGAAGAUAAGGAAAAAUCCGUAUGUUAAAGAUUGCUCUAAUAUUUUUGAAUAUAAAGGAUGCUAGAGGUAUGCGAUAGUUAAAGAUUAAACGUCACAGCGAGGUAUGUGAUUGCACCUUGAGGAAAAAAAAAAACUUGGAGAACCUUAUAAGUAGUUAAGCUGUAACAAGUAUCAAUUACAUUUUUACUUAGCAAUAGCUUACGAAGUGACUGUACUAAUUUUCAAAAUCGUGUACACGAGUAACGGAAAAUCAUCUGAAUCGGAAACUUGAUAUAAAAUAUAUUAACUAAGCUCGCAAAGGCCGUAAAAAGCGUAUACAACCAUAUCAGCCAAUCAAUACUACUUAAAGAAAUAUAUUAUAUGAAACGAAUAAUGUUAAAAGAAAAAAAAUGAAGAGAUGAAUUCUUCAACGGAUCUUUUCGAUUGAAACUCAAUUUUUCACUUUUUAACUCGUUCAAUACUGCACUGAAAUAAUUAAAAAACACAAUUGUUAAUGUUAUUAAAUAAAAAUAAUCAUAAAUGCCAAAAAUUGUUUAAAAAAAAUCUUGAAUAAAAUAACUGUAAAGACAUUUCUGUGAUUAGAAACAAUUGGAUAAUUAAUUAUCUCUGGUUGAAAUGUACGUCGUUAAAUAAUGCGUUAUAACGAGCUACUUUAUGAAGGUCCCCGCAUCAUACACGUUACAAAAAAAGGAUAAUUAACUGUACGCACUGUAUUAUUAUAAGACGCCAAAGCUCGUCCCCUGUGUAAAUAAAAUAGAGAGAGAGAGAGAGAGAGAGAGAGAGAGAGAGAGAGAGAGAGAGAGAGAGAGAGAGUUUAUUGUUAUCGAGUCGAAACUAAUUAUAUCAAGGCAUAAGGGCAUAUAUACACAGAUAAAAAGAGAAAAAUGUCUAUAAACAUUAAAAAGAAGACAAAUCUAUACAUAAAGUUUGCUCUGCAAAAAUAGGAUUUAGCUAGCAUAGAAGAAAAGGGCUUAAUUAUGAAUAUUAUGAGAAAAAAAAACAAAUAUCUAACAAAGCUAUAUUAAUAAUAAUGAAAAAAGAAGAAUAAUGCAGGGAAGGAAAAAAUCAAGAUGGUGAAACGUCUAAUGUUUCGGGAUACUUACACCUAUAAAUAUAUAAGCGAAAGCCUACAAAAAUGUACCACAAAUCCACUGAUAUAUAAAAUCGGCGUUUUCUAGUUCCGAUCUGCUUGUAACUUUAUUUUCUUAUUACAGAAAAUGAAAGAAAAAAUAUUGAUUGUUAUCAUUGUAUCGAGAUUAUCUAUAUUCAAGAUCGUAUAGUAGACGGUGUAAACAGGAAGGAUAUUUUACUAUGUGAGACUUUGCUAAUAUUAGAUGACAUUAAAUUGAGAUGUAUUUUCAGUAUAUGCGAAACGUAUACAUAAGAAAAUUGAUACUGCUGAAGUCUCAAAAAAAAAAAAACAAAAAAAAAACGUUAUGUUUACUCGAUGCACUCGUACGAGAUAUAUUGUAGCACGACGAUCAAUGAUUUGUUUUUAAAAUUUUUUUUACAUAUAAUCGCAUUCUCUUCGAUAUAUAAGUUGACGCAAGCGCGUUUUGUACAUAUAUAGCACGAAGAAUAAAAGUACUUUAAUUUCUGCGACGCUGCGCGUAGUCGCCGUUCUUUUUUCUUGUAUAGUUUGCGCGAUUGACAAGUUGUAACGGAAGAUCUCAUGAAUUCGGAUUUUUUGAGGCUUCAGUCAAAUUGGAGAACAAUCUGCGACUCGUAGCGGUAGUGGAGAGUGUCCUCUUUAAAAAAUAAAAAAAAAAAAAAACGUAAAUCUGUGUGUGCGUGUUUUCAGAGACUAGGCGUUCUUUAGCUAAACAAAAAUAAAACAAGCAAAAAAAAAAAUAUGAAAAAUGAAUCUGCGUCGAAUCGAGCGUUAUUGCGAUUAUAAUAUAUUGUACACAUAGAGGGCACCGAAACAGAGUAGCAAUCAUUGUUAUCUUUGCGCAGGGACACGCUUCAUUUGCCGGCGACGUAUAAUUAUACAUACACAUACACACACAUAGAAUUACAGCGUGCGAUGUGUGCGAGUGACGCGUGCGUGUGAUUCAGCCUUCCUCUUGAUUUCGGCUUCGGCAAUUGGUCAAAAGCCAUGCGUGCGAAUAUUAUAUUAUACGGCAGUUGUGAGUUUGAAAGAGGCGUGUAAAACGUGUAUUUCUGCCGAUUGACGAAGCCGCGGGGAAGCACGUAUAUAUUCCCAGCGAGAAAGAGCAAGAGAGAGAGAGAGAGAGAAUCCCUUACGAUAAGACAAGCAAUAAAUUUAAGAGCUUCGCCACAUUAUUAUUAUCAAUCGAGGCCACUCGACAUUGUUAAGAAUUUUUAGCAAUCGAUCACAUUAUGAAUAAAUUGACCAAUUCAUUCGUUUUA